CUGACGUUUAUCGUAGCAUCAAAAACGGAUACGGCUUUGUUUAGAAUUUUAAUUUUUUCCGUGAAAUUCUUGUAAAAUCCACACCAAAGAUGAUGGAAACAAGCGAGCUGACGCUCUACAGCAUCAUACUUUUCCUCCUGUUCGAGAAUUUUGUCGAACUUUGGUUGACUUUUCGACAAAUAAAAGUCUUUAAGAACAGUCGGGAGGUGCCAGCGCGACUAAAAUCGGUCAUGUCACAAGAAACUUUUGAGAAAGCUCGCGUUUAUGGCUUGGAUAAAGCCAAUUUCGGAGUCUUCAAGUCAAUUUUGAGUGAUGUCAUCAUCCCCACGGUCGAGUUAUAUGUAGGUUUUGUCGCGAUUUUGUGGUAUAAAUCGGUAAAACUCACUUCGCAGCUCGGGAUGAACGAGAAAAAUGAGAUUCUGGUCAGUAUUGUGUUCUUGUUGGUCACGAAUUGCUUGGGAAUUGUCAAAAGUAUGCCGUUCAAGAUCUAUAGUGUGUUUGUGCUCGAAGCGAGACACGGUUUUAACAAGCAAACACCCGGAUUUUUCAUCAAAGAUCAAGUCAAAGCGUUUGUUGUGUCGAAUUUGAUCUCGAUUCCAAUCGUCGCUGCCAUUGUUUACAUCGUCAAAAUCGGAGGUCCCUACUUUUUCCUGUAUUUAUGGGCCUUUGUGGGUGUCGUUUCGCUCGUUUUGAUCACAAUUUAUCCCGUUUACAUUGCGCCGCUCUUCGAUAAAUUCCGUCCCUUGGAGGAAGGACAUCUCCGAACGUCGAUCGAAGAGCUUGCGGCGAAAUUAAAGUUCCCGCUCGGGCAACUUUUUGUCGUUGAAGGCUCGAAACGGAGUGCGCACAGUAACGCUUACUUCACGGGACUUUUCGGUGUCAAGCGGAUCGUUUUGUUCGACACACUUUUGGUCAACAAAGGUUUGAAGGACGACUCAACACUGAGUGACGACGAAAAAGGCAAGGGAUGCAGUGACGAAGAGGUUCUUGCCGUUCUCGCUCACGAACUGGGACACUGGAAAUUGAAUCACGUCACAAAAAAUAUCGUCAUUAUGCAAGUUCAACUUUUCCUGAUUUUUGUCGUCUUUUCAUUCCUUUUCAACUUGUCGCCGUUGUACAAGGCGGUUGGUUUCCACGACGGAACGAUGCCAAUUCUCGUCGGAUUUCUCGUUAUCAUGCAAUACGUCUUGGCGCCAUACAAUUUUGUCAUUUCCAUCGCCAUGACGGUGCUUUCGCGGCGAUUUGAGUAUCAAGCUGAUGAGUUUGCACAAAAGUUGGGAUAUGCGGAAGACCUUGGAAAUUCAUUGAUUAAGUUGCAUAUCGAUAAUUUGGGUUUCCCGGUGUACGAUGAGUUGUACAGCGCAUGGAAUCACAGCCAUCCAACUUUGCUCCAAAGAUUAGAGAAGCUCACGGAAGAGAAGAAGAAGGAAAAGUAAAUUAAAGAAAUAGAAAAAAAACGAGGAAAUGUACUUUUUAUGACUUUUGUAAUAUUUACCAUUUUCGCACAUAUAAAAAAAAUUAAAUAAAACAAUUUUAUCUAAUCAAUAAAUUAAAUAAUCUUUUA